CUCUUUGGCCUCGUGGGCAAGCUCGGCGCGGUUGCAUCGUGCAUGUCAUGGCGCGACGGGCCUUCGGCGGCCUCUGCGCCAUGGAGGCUUCGGAAGAGGAGGACGCAGCCUUUGGCCAGCCAGGACUGGCAGGCUGCGUUCAGCGAGCGGGUGGUGGCGGCGGCGGUGACCGCGGCAGUCGCUGCAGUCACGCCCGGGCAGGCGCGCCCAGUGCAGGCGGCGCCCGCGCCCAAGCCGACGGCGGCUCCCCCGCGGCCCACCCAGGCGCCGCAGCCGCUGCUGGCCAUCGAGGACGAAGCGGCGGUGGAGGCGUCGACCAGCAAGGCGGCCCCGCUCUCGCCGCCGCCAGGCCACUUCGGCCUCCGCAGGUGGCAGAGGGCGAAGGCCCCGCCGCCCGCCGUGGAGGCCGGGCCGCCGUCGCCCGCGCAGCCUGCGCCGCGGGGCCCGACGCCGCCCCCGCGGCGGCGCAGCCGCUCCAGGCGCAGGCGCCUGGCCGCUCCGGAGGGGCCCCGCGCGCGCCUGACGGAGGCGGCGCCCGAGGAGUGGCUGGGGGCGAACUCAUCGGGCUCGGUCAGGGAGUCGCAGGCCCUCGCCGACGCCCUCGGAGCCGCCGCUGGAGGUCAGCUGAAGGUCGAGGGCCUUGUGGCGGACGAGCACCAGGGCUUUCCGGAAGCCUGCAAGAACUUCAAGGACGGCUUUUACGAGAAGAUGCUCGGUGGCCCGUCGUGCUACGCCAUGGAUAUGGACGACGGCAUCGAGGACUCGAGCGAGUUCGUGGCGGACGAGCUGCGCGACUGGCUCGAGGACAUGGACCCGCUUCCUGUAUUUGGAUGUGUACGUGGCGCGCAUGAUGAUGCAGAUGGGCUGGGUCCUGAUGGGGAUGCGGAUGCCUUUCGGAAGUUCCAGGAGGUGCUGCCCGAGGUGCCGCGGUUCCCCAUGCUCGGCGGUGAGCUCCUCAAGGAGACGGACCUUGCCCUCCACGAGGUGUUCAAGGGCUCGGAGUCGGUCGCGGAGAGCAACCUCAGCCUCUCUGGAGCCGGCGGGGCCGCGAAGUCGCACGAUUUGGACGUUGGCGAGGGCACCAUCGUGAUGGAGGUCAACAAGGUCAACCAGAAACUCGGCGAGAGCGUUUCACCGGAUCCCUGGCAGCAGGUCCUCGUGGCCAACGCGCAGGUCUUCCUCAAGUCGGAGCAGGUGCAGGCCGCGCGGCAGCUUGCGACCUACAAGGAGUACGAGUUGCUUGGACGCUUCGGGGACAUCCAGGUGGUCAUCCAGCGGCCGUGCAUCAACGACAUGCUCUGGCGGCCUCACCGUGCGUCCAUCUUGGAGACGCUGGAGGCGCUGGUCAGCGACUGCGGCCCCAGCAUCCUGGAGGAGCUGCUGGAG